ACACUCACCAUGGAGAAGUUCUUGUGUGUUGUCCUUCUCACUACACUGUCUUCUGGCCUGGCCUCCACUCUUAAUGACACAGAGCCAACCUUGGAGCCCGAGUUCAUCACGGACACCUCUCCAGAGCGUCAGAAGAUUGUGGAUGCCCAGUUCAAGUGCUUUGAGCGAAUGAACAGCAAACCUCCCUACAAAAAAACAGGUCUGUUCUGUAACCGCACCUGGGAUGGAUGGCUCUGCUGGGACGACACACCUGCUGGGAAGGUCUCUGUGCAGAACUGUCCUGACUACUUCCCUGACUUUGACCCGACAGAACAGGCCUCCAAGUACUGUGAUGAACAUGGGAACUGGUUCCAACAUCCUGAGAGUAACCGAACCUGGUCCAACUACACAUUGUGCAACUCAUUCACAUCAGAGAAACUGAAGGUAGCAUACAUUCUCUAUUACAUGGCCAUUGUGGGACAUGCCCUGUCAAUCGCAUCCCUCCUUGGCUCCCUUGGAAUCUUGUUCUAUUUCAAGAGCCUCAGCUGUCAGAGGAUCACACUGCAUAAGAACCUGUUUGUCUCUUAUGUGCUGAACUCUCUGUUCACAAUUGUCCACCUCAUCACGGUGGUGCCCAACCCUGACCUCGUGAAGAGAGACCCCGUGAGUUGUAAGGUCUUACAGUUCUUUCAUCAAUAUAUGAUGGGCUGCAAUUACUUCUGGAUGCUGUGUGAGGGGAUCUACCUGCACACUCUCAUCGUGGUGGCUGUGUUUGCUGAGGAGCACAGGUUACACUGGUACUACCUUCUGGGCUGGGGUUUCCCACUAAUACCAGCCUGCAUUCACGCUGUCUCCAGAACCAAGUUCUUCAAUGACAAUUGCUGGAUGAGUGUGGAUACCCACCUGCUGUACAUCAUACACGCGCCCAUCAUGGCAGCACUGUUGGUGAAUUUCUUCUUUCUCCUCAACAUCGUUCGAGUGCUGGUGACCAAGCUCCGAGACACCCACCGGGCAGAGUCCAACAUGUACAUGAAGGCUGUGCGAGCCACGCUGAUCCUCGUGCCCCUGCUGGGCAUCCAGUUCGUCGUGAUCCCCUGGCGGCCUGAGAGCAAGCUGGCCGGAGAAGUGUACGAUUAUGUGAUGCAUGUGCUCAUGCACUACCAGGGCUUGCUUGUGGCAACUAUUUUCUGCUUCUUCAAUGGAGAGGUCCAAGGAGUGCUGAAGAGACAAUGGGCACAGUGUAAGACUCAGUGGGGCCAGCGACGAAGGGACCGCUGCUCCACCCGCUCCACCUCCUACACAGCCACCUCGCUCACCGAGGUCCCUGUUUACCUUUACUCUCCUGACUCCCACAACGAACAGCUCAAUGGGAAGUUUGCCAUGGAGGACUCUGAGAUCUCUGCCCUGAGGUCUGGAGAGGGGUCCACUUGAUUGGCUACAAAGGAGGUGUGGCUGGUCAUUUCGGUUUCUUCUUUUUGCCUCUUUUCUUCUCUCAUCCUCUUCCCAGUAGACUCCUGGGAACAAUUUCAGUGGCCAGGUGAAGACUAUUUCAACUGACUUGCACAUGCACCUGCCCAGAGUGAGUGUCUGGGGAGAGUCAGCAGCAUGUUUGAAUCCACAGUGCUGUGUCAGAAAACAGGCCUGAGAAUGGGAAAACACACAGCAAUGUUUCUGACUUCUCCCAACAUUAAUCGAGGACCUAGAAAGAAUUCUGUCAUAGCCACAGGAACAAAGCCCACAGGAAGUGCAGAAAAGUGAGGGGUUUGGGAGACAGGGCACACACUCCUCUUCCCUCUUGAGCCAGGUACAUACAUCACUCACCCCUGAAGAAUGGGUCUCUGUUCCCAUGGCUCACCAGCUUGAGGUUUCAGACCACAGACUUUCUUUCUGAGAGCACAAUGCUGGUUUCAGAGCUAUGCUAGGCAACAUCACCUGGGAUGACUCAUUCACACAUGAGCUACACGUGGGAGUUGGGAAUCAAAGACUUUGCUGGCAAGUAAAUACCAGGUUGGAGCAAAUGGGAAGGACUUGGCUCAAGUCAUUGGACUGGCACAUUUUUAACCCCUUUCUAAAAAUGCCUCCAGAGGUGCCACCUUCCAUGAAAAGUUGGGCCUCCAGGGUCCAUACCACCUUAUGGACAGCUCCCUAGGUGUGGUGGGGGACUAUGUCCAGAGCCACAGGUUUCCAUGAAUGGAGGGGCCUCCAAGCUCCAUGCUUGCUUUGUGGAUAACUCCCAAGGUACAAUGAGGAACUGCGCAGAGCUGCCACCUUUCAGGAAUGAAUGGGCCUCCAAGCUCUAUUUAUGCUUGCUUUGUAGACAGCUCCCCAGGUAUGACAAGAUACUGCUCCUAGAGCUACAGCCUUCCAUGAAUGGAUGGACCUUCAUGUUCACCUUGUGGACAACUCCCCAGGUGCAGUGGAAGAUUUUGCCCAGAGCUACCUUCUAUCAGUGGAUGGAUCUCUAGGAUCUAUGUUUGCUUUGUGGUGAUGGUCUCUGCCCGGAACUGCCAUCUUCCAUGAAUGAAUGGGCCUCCAGCCACUAUGUUUGCCUUGUCAACAGCUUCUCAAAUAUGCCAGGGCACUGAGCCCAGAACUGCAGCCUUCCCUGAAUGGCUGGGCCUCCAGACUCAUAUUUUUUGCCUUGUGAAUAGCUUCCCAGGCAAAGUGGAGGACUUUGUGCAAAGCUGGCAUGUUCCAUCAACAGAUGGCUCCAUGCCUGGCUUGAGGUGAGGGACUGUGUCCAGAGCUGCCACCUUCCAUGAAUGGGUACCUCCAGACUCAUUGCUCUCCAUCCCUGCCUUGUGUCCAGCUCCCCAGGUGCAGUGGAGGACUGUGGCCAGGUGGUGCCCACCAUCAGGGGAGGGUAUUAAUUCUCUCUCUCCCCUUUAA